GGAUAUGAGGCCCGUUAUCAGGAGCUUGCAUCCGAGAUCAAGGAGCAUGUACCUGAUGCGGAGAUCACUGGUGGCGUAGGAAGGAUGGGCAGCUUUGAAGUUAAAGUCAACGAUGAGGUGAUCUUCUCCAAACUGGAAUGUGGCGGAUUUCCGUUUGCGAAAGAUAUCAUAGAGGCUGUGCAGAGGAUGAAAGAUGGCAAGAAAGCUGAGAAAGUCACCAGGAACAAGAAAGCUUGCACUAUCCAAUAGGGUGCAGCUGGUGUGGAAGACAUGAAGACGGUCUGCCUUACAGGCCAGGGCAGGUUCUGCUAAUGACUGGUUUCGUCAAAAAGCCGAGGAAAUCAUGAAUAUACUUAGAGUCUGUUUCUAAGGGCUGUAAGACAACUUAUUCAUGUCUACAUGGAAUAAAAUUUCUCAACAGUGA